CGUGCAGUCGUGCAGUGUCUUCUCACAUUAUUGUGUACAAAUACAUUUACAUAAUAUAAAUACAAUAAAUUGUGGCAGCUUUGUAUAGGCAAUCAAUCUUUGUUAAAUUACGUUAUAAGGAAAAUCAAUUUCAAGGACAUUAACGAACUGCAGCAGGCUAAACACUCAACAUGAAUGAUUCCGACGAUGACAGUUCCGACAGCAGCAACGAUUUCGCCGGUAUCACGCCAAAAGACGAGCUGACAGCUAGUUUCUUCUCAAUAAAACCGGCGACAAAGCCUAACCUAGUGAAGCACGAUAGCGAGGACGAGAGCAGCGACGACGACAAUUUCGCGAGUGUGCCCGAGAACAAUGACAUCGAACUGUUCUCCGAGGUGGUCAAGAAUCUGGAAGCCUCGCAGAAGGCUCAUGUCAACGAUGAGGAGCCUAAGCAGCACUCCUCCAAGGACGAUAGUAUCCGGCAGAACAAAGAAGUCAAGAUAGAAAAGAAGAGGAAAAAUAUAUCGGACGAGAUAAACGCCGUUUUGCUUCAAGGGGAAAGCGGAGCACACGCAUUCCGCAAGGAUGACGAGGAUGACGAGGACACGAACGACGAGGAGGAGCAGGAAGAGGAUGUUAAACGUCCUGAAGAUUAUACCAUACCUAAGGAAGGUGUCAAGAUAACUUUGCCAGGCACGAGUGUGCUUUUCAAGAAGAAAACAGGCAGCAAGAAGGAGUCCGAUCUGACUGCGCUUCUACGAAGGAAAUUGAAAGCCAAUCAGAUUAUUAUAGAAAAAGCUGGUAGACUUUGUUGGCUGGCAUAUGGUUUUUACUUAAAUCAUCAAGCAAGUGAUCCUGAGAUAAUGGCAACGAUGGUGUCUCUUAUCUCGACUAAAAAUUAUCCAAAGGACAACUUUAAUUUGGAAUAUCUGACAAAAUUGACAAAAUGGUUUAAAAAUAUCUUUACUGUAGAAUCUAGCGAUAACGAAGUCAUUAUAAAUAGAGAAACGUUAUUGAAAAGAAUCGCGGAGAGGAAAAUUUACAAUUACAGGGAAUUGGUGAUAUUGUACGUGGCGAUAUUGCGAGGUAUCGGCUUACAUUGUCGUUUAGUGGUGUCUCUCAAUCCACCGCUUGUAAAAGCUUACAACGAAUUACUGCCUAAAACGAGCACGGCGAAAAAAGAUGGUAAAAUUAAAGACGAAACAAAGGAAACGAAAGCUAAGGUGACAUCUAAGGAAGAUAAGAAAAAUGUGGGUAAACUUAAAGAAGAGACGAAGGAAACAAAGAGUAAGGUGACGUCUAAGGAAGAUAAGAAAAAUGUGAAAUCAAAGAAAGAGCUCAGAAAUAACAAUGUAAUUCAGAAUAACGAAGCUGCACGAAGUAACGCCAACGUAGAAGCAAAGAAAAGGGCAGCGGAGAUUCUUCGUUCCAAGUAUUCCUACAGUAAGAAAAACAAAGAUAAGUUAAAUAGCAGUAUAUCCGCGCAAGAUAAUGCUUCCACGUCCAAAAAUGUCGAAACAGCUUCGACAAGCUCAAAUAAAGUAGAGGCUGAUUCAUCCCCAAGGCGUUUAAGACCUCGUAAAGCACAUGAUGUUGUAUCUACUUCAACCAAACAACAAAACGCUAAGAUUAUUUCAAAAAAUGAUCGAUUUAAAAUGAGAAAUUCUAAGAAACAGUCGCGGAGUGACAGUCAAAGUUCAAGUUCCGAAGAAGAAGAAGAAGAAGAAGAACCACCCAGCAAAUCAAAAAGGAGAUGCAGCAGUAAAAAUAAAGCAGUUAUUAAAUCUAAAGGAAAGGGAAAGGAAAAAAAAGACCAAGCGUCAACGGAUGAAGAAACUGAUAAUAAAUUAAAAACGAGACGAGAUGUAUGGGCCGAAGUAUACGUGGAAUCUAAAGCAAGCUGGAUAUGCAUAAAUGUUAUGGAUGGAAAUGUAGAUUGUGUAGCUGAAACAUAUAAAAGAGCAACCAAGCCAGUAUUAUACGUGAUAGCUUAUAAUUCGGAAAGAUUAGUAAAGGAUGUUACAAGACGCUACUGCCCGCAGUGGCUUUCUGUCACACGUAAGCAGCGUAUUGAUGAGAAAUGGUGGAUUGAGACUUUAACUUAUUGGCAAGAAAGGGAGACAGCUAUGUCUAAACAGGAAGAUGAAUUGCUAUUGCAAAAGGAAUUGGAGCAACCAUUACCUAAAACCGUUGGCGAGUGCAAAGGGCACCCAUUAUACGUUCUCGUCAGGCAUUUACUAAAAUACGAAGCAUUGUAUCCACCGGAUUGUGUGCCAUUAGGACAUUUGAAAACAGGCGAAGCUAUUUAUUCGCGGUAUUGCGUACAUACGCUACGCUCGCGAGAGACCUGGCUAAAGCAAGCUCGUGUAGUUAAGCCGAAACAGGACCCUUACAAAAUAGUUAAAGCACUUCCAAAAUAUGACAAGCUUUCAGGUAUGAAACUUAAGGAUUCUGCAUUGGAACUAUUCGGAGAAUGGCAAACUACAGAUUACGACCCCCCAGAAGCUAAAAAUGGCAUUGUGCCUCGAAACGAGUACGGAAGUGUGGAUUUGUUUAAGAUGAGUAUGCUUCCAAAAGGCACAGUGCAUAUAAACCUUCCAGGAUUAAAUCGCAUCGCGCGAAAAUUGAACAUAGAUUGCGCGACUGCCGUAGUGGGUUUCAAUUUUGGUUGGUCGGGCGCUGUGCCGGCCACUGAGGGCUAUGUCGUAUGUGCCGAAUACGAAGAUACGUUACGAGAAGCUUGGGAAACUGAACAAAUUGAAUCAGCUAAACGGGCCGCCGAGAAAACGAGGAAGAAGGUCUACGGUAAUUGGAGGAAACUUAUUAGGGGCUUACUUAUUAGAGAGAAACUAUCGAAGAAAUACGACUUUACGGAAAAAUCGAAGACGGACCAGUCGAACAAACGUCCGAAACCGCAAAAGGGCGCCGCGAAGAAGUCCAAAGCACAAUAGAAUACAUGUGUAUAUACAUAUCUGUUUAUAUACGCGUUAAUUUGGAAACAUUUAUUGUCUGGAAUGAAGCCUUAUUCAUAUUGAAUGCCAUAAAUCUUUAGAAUUGAUACUUAUUGUUGAAGCAGGUUUUUUACCGAUACCUCACAUGACAUUGUAUAAAGCUCCAUACUUGAUAUUAUUUUGAUAUUUAUUCAUUCAGGUUUAUACUGUGUAUGAUUUAUAGCGCUGUGAACGUUUUUUGCGUGGAUUAAAUUAUUUUUAUAACAUAAUAAUGUGCAGUCUACGUGAUGUUUUUCAAACUCCAUUGUAUUGUAAUGAAAAAUAUAGUAUUAUAUAAAUAUCAAACAUGUUUAUAUUUACGUUGAAUUUAUAAUUCCAUAUUUGCGCAAAAGAAAAAUACCCGAAUGUUUACUUGCUCGGUCGCU